ACUCCAUGACACUUCACUGAGCUGUGACACUGAUAUUAUCACUGGGGAGACUCCAUGACACUUCACUGAGCUGUGACACUGAUAUUAUCACUGGGGAGACUCCAUGACACUUCACUGAGCUGUGACACUGAUAUUAUCACUGGGGAGACUCCAUGACACUUCACUGAGCUGUGACAGUGUGAUAUUAUCACUGGGGAGACUCCAUGACACUUCACUGAGCUGUGACGCUGUGAUAUUAGUAGUAUCUUAAUGUAUGGUACAGGUCCUGCUGAGAGCACAGACACAGAGAUGAAGCCUGUGUGCUGCUCAGCCUAGACAGUGGAUAGGGUGUCACUAACCCAGAUCCUGUUGCGGACGCUAGCCUACUGCUGUUGACAACGCCAUCGUCACUAUGACCAGCCUAGGGAUCCAGCAACGUCCCACUGACCACAGACAGAUAGGGAGGACUCCUUUACUCCUGUCUCACAAACAGAGGUCCUCCUCCUCCCUGCCCCUCCUGAAACGCCUGCACCAGGCUGGGGGGCCGUAUGCUGUCGCUGAGCCCCAGACAGACCCGCCGUCGCUGGGUGACUACUUCUCCCUCCUCCAGCGACUGAAAGAGGAGACUUACAUGUACAAACAGAACAAGGAUCUGAAACAGGUACAGAGCAGGACACCAUGGAAACAGCCUCACUCUCCACCUCUGGCCAGUCCUCUUCCCAGAGGCCCUAGCAGCAGAGUCCCACCACUUCCUGGAGUUCCCAGUAGCAGCAGCAGGGUUUUACCGUCGGGUCGUACCCAGAGUAGACUGAGCCAGCACUCCAGCCACAAGAUGGCGUCCUCCUCCCAGAAGAGUAAACACACCCCUGCCAUCAUCAAGGGCCAUCGCCACUUAAGCUACGGAGGAUCCGUUCCACCGGAGAACAUCACCAUUCAACAGUUUUAUGACCUUACACCUACCAAGAAAAGUAACGUCCGCCUCAACGACCAGCUUAUACCAAAACCAACAGACAUCAACAUCGGAGAGAUAAUGAUAAAGGUUCCAAUUCCAAAAGAACAUCCGUAUCAGGCCCACAUCUCCCGCUUCGCCCUGUUCCCAACGUUCCGCUCACCAGACGACCCCGACACAGGCGUGAGAGCUGCGUCCCUACGACCCCUGAACCCCCUCGUCCCGUCCUCUGCUCCAGAGGUCACCGUGCUGAGAAAGACAAAAGGAGGUCCUUAUCGUCAUGAGGUACUGGAGGCACCCAUGACAACCAGGAAGAAAACCAUCUCAUGGCCAGGACAGCAUGGCUUCCUGGAUCACCCCAAGCCAGUUAAUGGCGAGGCCCAGACCCAGGUAUUCUACCCUAAGUCCCAGAAGACAGUGUUUCCCAACCCCACAUUGCGUGACUGGGACGUCACGCUGUCUGAACGAACAGCCAACAUGCUCCGCAACGUGGAGAAGUCCCACUGGGUCACCUCAUACCAGCUUCACUACACAGGCUCUGGGCCUACUAAUCCCUGGAGGUUGGAUGACUACCAUGAGAACACCGUUGACAUGAUCACUGGGAAGAUAACUCCCUACACAACACAGCUGAGGGAGCGAUCCCACCCCGUCCUGCUGCCCCCUAAACCACGAGACGGGCGCAAGGCCAGAAUACGCCAGGGCCGUCAUAAGGUGGAGAGCACCUACCGCCCUCCUGUCACUGCCCCAGCAGCAGAGUCCCACAGCACAGACCAGACUUCCUCACAUAAUCACCCUGCUGGGCCUCUGGGAACUAUGUCUGGUCACCAAAGUCAUCAGGAGAUAAAGGGGAACCCUUCUAUUCAGGACGGCCAUCCCAACAACAGCCACGGCCACUCAGAGCUCAGUCUAGCCAGGCCUGGGGCUGGAGCUGUGUCUGUGCCGGAGCCUGCUCAGAUGUCUGGCUAUGUGUUCCCUGGUCACCACCUUCAAGAUCAAGGCUCCAGGUGUGAGAGGUGUGGGGAGGAGAGGUGUGAGUGCCAGGUCAAGGAGGUCAGAGAAGGGCUCUAUCACCCAGGGCCAGGGGCAUCAGACCUCCAGCAGAGCAGCCAGGCUCCUAGAGCCUCCCUGGAGAAGGUCACAGACACAGAGAGCUCUCUGGCCUUGUACAGCUGCCAGCUGCCCCAUUCUCCCCUGAAUGAGACCACAGAGGUCACCAAAGAGAAUAACACCCAGAGAGAGGUAUGGUACGAGGACGUUCCUAGCAGCAAGAAGCAGAGCUACACAGCAUCAGGGGGUAGGGUGUUCAGCCUGAGCCAGCCAGCUCCAGCAUUGGCUACUAACAACACAGGGGCGGCAUAUGAAUCUGAGACAGAGCUGUCUGCUGCUGAUCUGGUCUCUCCCAACAUCCGUAACUGGUGUUCAGGUGGGAAUGUAGUUCUGGGUUCUGAGAUGACUGUCAAUCAGACCCUUGAAGAACAGGAUUGGGAGUGGCAGAACAGAGAGAUCCCCGUCCCACGCAGUAUCUCCAACCCCUGUAUCCAACCCCGUCCACAUGCCCUGCCUUCCACCCACCCAGGGGAGAGGGGCCGGUGCCAGCUGGCCCUGUUGGAGCUCCAGGACUCCUUCAGUAAGUCAGAGGUCCACCGUCUCUUCCACAGCUCCCUCCAGGGGGGCGCGGUCCACCUGCAAGACAAUGUACACACCGGGAGAAAGCACCGCUUCUACGGCUUCAACUCCUUCUAUUUCCACAACUGAGCACUGUAUUGUAGACCUACCACUAUGCCCACAGUCUGUAGGGAGUGGAAGACAUCAGAGGGCUUAGUGAGUUGAAUGGGUCUACGGUCUACAACGUUCUCUCUUCAUGAUGGGAAAUCCAACCAUAUAC